GUCCAAUAAAUGCUCCAGAUCUUUAAGAUUGUAAAAACCCUAAUAUAAAUACGGCUGGGAUAGCAGCUAUUGUUUCUCUUUGCAUCAAAUACUCUCUUAGACCUAUAAGCUUUUCUCUCCUUUCAGAUCCCAAUUAUGGCUGGACUCGCACCUGAAGGAUCACAGUUUGAUGCUCGUCAUUAUGACAACAAAAUGUCUGAAUUACUAUCUGAGGAAGGAAAUGAUUUUUUCACCUCGUAUGAUGAAGUUCACGAUAGCUUUGAUAAAAUGGGUUUAGAUGAGAACCUUCUCAGAGGAAUCUAUGCCUAUGGUUUUGAGAAACCCUCUGCCAUUCAACAAAGGGGAAUUGUUCCUUUUUGCAAGGGUCUUGAUGUGAUUCAGCAAGCUCAAUCUGGUACUGGAAAGACUGCCACAUUUUGUUCGGGUAUCCUGCAGCAGUUGGACUAUGAAUUGAUUGAUUGCCAAGCUCUUGUUCUUGCUCCAACCAGGGAGCUUGCUCAACAAAUCGAGAAGGUUAUGCGAGCCCUCGGUGAUUACUUGAAUGUUAAGGUUCAUGCUUGUGUUGGAGGAACAAGCGUUCGUGAGGAUCAAAAAAUCCUUGCUUCAGGAGUUCACGUCGUUGUUGGUACCCCUGGACGUGUUUUUGACAUGUUGCGUAGACAAUCUCUUCGUGCUAAUAAUAUCAAAAUGUUUGUUCUUGAUGAGGCUGAUGAGAUGCUUUCUAGAGGUUUCAAGGAUCAGAUUUAUGACAUUUUCCAACUACUACCACCAAAAAUCCAAGUUGGAGUAUUUUCUGCGACAAUGCCCCCUGAGGCCCUUGAGAUUACCAGAAAGUUCAUGAAUAAGCCAGUGAGAAUUCUUGUGAAACGAGAUGAGCUCACCCUUGAGGGUAUUAAGCAAUUCUACGUGAACGUUGACAAGGAAGAGUGGAAGCUUGACACUCUUUGUGACCUUUACGAAACCUUGGCAAUCACCCAAAGUGUGAUCUUUGUGAACACAAGGAGGAAGGUCGACUGGUUGACCGAUCAAAUGAGAAGCCGUGAUCACACCGUAUCAGCCACACAUGGUGACAUGGACCAGAACACCAGGGACAUCAUUAUGCGUGAAUUCCGAUCUGGGUCAUCCCGUGUCCUCAUCACCACUGACCUCCUUGCUCGUGGUAUCGACGUGCAGCAAGUAUCACUGGUCAUUAACUACGAUCUGCCUACCCAACCGGAGAACUAUUUGCACAGGAUAGGACGUAGUGGUCGAUUUGGAAGAAAGGGUGUUUCAAUCAACUUUGUCACCCGUGAUGACGAGAAGAUGCUUUACGAUAUCCAGAAAUUCUACAAUGUGGUGGUCGAGGAGCUCCCUGCAAACGUCGCUGAUCUUAUAUGAUGACCACAGGUUUGUCAUUCACUUGUGUUCUUAGGGAGAGAGCUGUUUUUUGUCUGCCCAAGUAGUAAAGUUUCAAUUUGGGCUACAUGUUCACUGAAUGAUUGAUUAUUUAUGGGAUGAUAAUUUACAGUUAUAUCGCUCUUUAAUCGUGUUUUCGUAUUAUUUUCCCUUCUUUCUGGGAACAUCACUUAACCCUUCUGUGGAUUCCCAGCUUAAAUUUUGUAGAAUAUUUGAGACAUUCAUUUUGUACUCUCGUAUUUUAGGUCAAGGAGAGUAUUUGCUUA